UCGGGUUUCGGAAAAAGGCGGGUCCUCCGUAUUUCUCUCUCUUUUUUAUCCUCAGUCGUGCCUCGACGCAUAUAUAACGACCCACACCUGUGCGUGACUCGUACUCGUCAAACGAAACCAGAAUGAAGUUGUUCGCUAUCUUGUGUCUCUCCACCGUUGUGGUGCUGGCCUCAGGUCAGAGCAUCGACGAUUGCCUAACGCAGGACAGUAUUGCCUGUGUGCAAAGAAGCAUUUAUAGAAAAGCCAAGGAGUUCUUCGGCAAAGACAGUUUUGAGCUCAUCAGCGGUGUGAGUCUCGUCAAAGCCAAGGAAGACAGAUCCUCCAGGACCAACGAGGAUGUUCUCUACGACCAGGAAAUCGAAAAUGCAAACAAUGUUGCUGAAAGACAGAGUGCUCUCGAAAACUUCGUUGGAUCAGAAGCAACCGGUUUCUUCUCUGGACGCAGCCUCAAGAUCAACUUUGCCCCAGCAAUUGAAAAGAUUACUGAAUCUGCACGUGCUAUCUCGGACUCUGUUCCCCAAGAAGUACGUCAAGCUGUCGACGAAGUCGUUGAAGGACGAGGAAAGAAGAAAAUGCUGAAGCAGAUCCUUCCUUUGUUGAUCGCCGCAAAGGUUAAGAUUGGAAUCAUCGCUGUCCUAGCCUAUUUCGCAGUUGCCCUGCUCGCCAAGAAGGCAAUCCUCGCCUCCAUCAUUGCUAUUGCAAUUUCUGGAUUUUUGAAACUGAAAUCCUACUUGUCGGGCAAGGAAGGUGCUGGAAUCACUGGAUACAAUAGUGGAUGGAACUCUGCAGCCAGCAGUGCAUACGGAGCACCAGCAGCUUCUUCUGGAGGCUGGCAAUCCAGCUCAUCUGGUUGGGACUCUGGAGCAGGUCAAGGAUUCUCUGGAUAUCACCGUUAAAUAUAAAUAAAAUACCACGUGGCUGGUUUCGUCUAAUUUAUUCAAGGCCACGAGGGUUCGUCAUGAGACGAAAAAAUCUUCUCGUUGCCAGCCCCUCUGGUUUCUGGAGGGGGAUGUAUUUAUUUAAUUUAUAAAUUUAACAAAUGGCGUUGCACUUGGUGUACUGGGUGCAAUGUAUAAUGUAAAUACUAUACUUACUCGAUCACAUGUAUAAAUUUGCACGCUGUUCGUGUUCGAUUUACUUGCGUAAUUAUUUACUGUGUAAACGGACUUUUGUAAGUAGACUUGUUAAGUCAACGAAUCAAACAGAGAGGCUAGUCUCUAUUAUUGUCCUCAGUGUCAUAAUUUUACCUCUGAAUUAAAGUUAUCGAACUAAUCAA